UGCCGAAGUGUAAAGUCAUCCGUUGAAUUCGGUACAUUUUUUUCCAUCUCGGCAAUUUGUCGGUUAUCGUAUGUUUUUGUUGUUACCAAAAAAAUUAUAAUACAUUUAUUUAUGAACAAAAUUACAAAUAGACCUUGAUCGUGAAUGCAUUUUUGUAUAAUUGUAAAAUAGUUUAUUACCUAAAAAAAAAAAAUAAAUAUUUGUUAAAAUCAAAAAAUUAUGCACAUAAAGUAACUCUAUUGAAUGGACUAUAAGACAACAAAGUCUUUAAGCAUGAAGUGUAGCUACAAUACUGUUAGAAUUUCGAUGUUCUAUAAAUGAAACUUAUAAUAGACAAGAGUUUGAAAAUGCAUUGGUUUAGAAUGAGUUCCAGUAUUUCUGAAGACAUCAACAAUAGUUGGCAUGAGAUCACUCACCGAGAAAAUAUUUCGAUAACCGGCGAAGUUUCAAAGGAAAUGGAUUUAGAUGUAGAAUUGUUUCGAGGUUAUUCACCAGUUCUUCUAACUUUUGCAAGUAUCUGUUGUGUUGUCUACAUGCUGGUAGGCGUGCCCGGCAACUUAAUCACAAUCAUAGCCCUCUUUCGAUGUAAAAAGGUUCGAAACGCAACUGCCGUCUUUAUAAUUAAUUUAAGUGUAUCCGAUUUGAGUUUUUGCUGUUUUAAUCUACCACUUGCAGCAUCUACAUUCUGGUAUAGAUCAUGGAUACACGGUCAUUUAUUGUGCCGAUUGUUUCCGUUAGUUAGAUACGGACUUCUGGCUGUUUCACUUUUUACCAUUUUAGCUAUAACAAUCAAUCGAUACAUCAUGAUUGGUCAUCCGACACUAUAUCCAAAGCUUUAUAAAAAGUUUUACUUGGGUGUAAUGGUGACGGUUACGUGGGUAGGCGGCUUUGGUGCUUUGGUACCCACGUGGUUAGGAAAAUGGGGUCGAUUCGGAUUGGACGUGACGGUCGGCUCUUGUACAAUACUGCCAGACUCCUUGGGCAGGUCACCCAAAGAGAUAUUAUUCACUGGAGCAUUUAUAGUACCCUGUGUAUCCAUAAUAGUGUGCUACGCAAGGAUAUUCUAUAUCGUAAGAAAAACAGCUUUGAGGUCUAGAACAACAGUAAUUACUACUCCACGGAACAUUAUGAUGUCUUCAUCAAAACAACCAGAUUCAUCUUCUACUUAUUAUACUUUAAAGACGCGUAUCAAAAUACCCGAAAUUUCUACAGACUCGGCUAUUGGAUCGAGUACUGCAACAGGCUCGUGUUCAAUUGGGGGGGAUUCUAAGGAUCAUCAUCUACUGUCUCCUCAUGAUAUCCUCGUAGACCAUUGUUCGUCGGCAGUUGAAAAUACCUACUCACCUCUUUCAUUUACAGAUAGAAGACGAUCACGACGAGAUAGGUCGCCGUCAUCUGCACUAAACGCUACAAUCACCCAAGUCGUCUCUGCGGUGUUUCAAACAAAAGAAGAUUCCCCUAGAACUCGAAAACAGAGUACUGUCGGAGUGGAUAAGAUGUCGUCUAAAGAUAAAAAGCUGCUAAAGAUGAUCCUGGUGAUUUUCGUGUCGUUUGUUACAUGUUAUCUACCCAUCACUGUAAGCAAAACUCUGCACGAGCUGGACGACUUACAUUCGUUGAACAUUACCGCAUAUGUUUUAAUAUACUUGACCACAUGUAUAAAUCCUAUAAUUUACGUUGUAAUGAGUUCAGAAUAUCGACAAGCGUAUAAAAAUUUGCUUAUGUGCAAAGGUUCAUCGGAACAACAACAACCAACCUAUAGAGGAACCAAAAAAUUGUCGAGUUAUCAAUGAAUGUAAUAUAACUAUACACAGAAAAUCAAAUCGUUAAUACGGUACACGGUUUUAUUAUGUGAUUCUGAUUGAUUUAAAGGACAGGUUUUGCCAUUUUGUGCCUGUGCUCAUUAUUAUAAUUACCAGUUUUUUAUUACCAUUUCCAGUAUUUUGACUAAAUGAUUUUAUAAUGUCACUGCCACGGCGUUUGUAGCACUAUAACAAACAAUACUACCUUCCAAUUUGUAAUUUUUUUCUUUUUAAUUAUUUUUAAAUGCCAAAUUUUUCAGUACGCCCACUGCCAACUGUCCUAAUUUAAUACAUUGUUAAACAUAUUAAACUCAGUAAAAUUCGGUAUAAUAGAAGAAAUAUUAAUAUUAAAUUCUUUAUAAUUAAAGAUAGAACUAGAAUUACAAAAAUAAUUUUUUAAAAAAAUAUAUCAAAUUUACUUAUUGUAUAUUUAAUCAUUAAAUACAAAAAGUUCUAAUAUAAACAGUUACAUCGCCUAACACGUUUUUUUCUGAACAUUUUUUAUAUGUUUCAUAAAUUAUUCUAUAUUAUCACUGCGUCUUUUUAAAUUAAUGUUAUUCAUAUUUUCUCGAAGCAAUCUUAUCACGUUCUCUGUUCUACUUAAAAUGCAUUUGUUACAUAUAGUAAGACAGUAACUACAUAUAGUAGUAUUUACUGUCAUUUUUUAACAUUUAAAUUGAAACCCGUCCGACAUUAUUGUGCAUAAUUGAUAUAUACAUCAAUUAAUUUGAAUUUUUUCUUUUCAAUAUAAUACAUUUUUUAUAAAUGAAUACAAAUACGUGUUGAGUAUUCAAAUGUAAUGUAAAUUGUAAAUAUUUGAAUAACUGGCUUAUGUUUUGAUUAUUUUGUUUUCUAAUAUAAUAAGUCAAUUUUUUAUACAUUUAAAAUAUAACUGUUAAAUAAUCAAUAAAUUUAACGAAAAUCCUUUAACUUUACAUUUAAUGUACAUUAAAAUAUGUUUGGAAGAUCCAGUUUCAAAGUUUAAAACAAUGGAGACUUCAAGAUUUCCAAGUAUAACAAACCCUUUUUUUAAAUUAAUUUGUUAAAAUUUUAACAAAAUCAAUUACUAAUAAAAAUAUUUAGUGUGAUUGUAAAUAUGUGUCUUACAUUAACGUCUUUUGUUUUUAAAACUAACAAUAUACUGUAAUUUUGUGUGAAAUUAACAAUAUAAAAAUAAUAAUAGAAUAACAGUGUAUGUAUAGUUCCUAAGAACAAAGUGGAUGUGUAUUACAAAAUUUGUAACAUACACCUCACAUAUUAUUUUUCAAUACAAAAUAGUUAACUUUAAAAAACAUAGAUUUUUUUGAUAAUUUUAGUAUUUUAUAAAAAAAUUAAUAUUUUUAUUUUAUUUUUAAAUUUAUACAUCCGAAAUUGAAGAUGCAACAGUUUUAAAUAUAACUGUUGCAUAGGCCUCAUACAUUUAAAAAAAUUAUGUUGGAAAAUAAAUUUAGGAUUUAUUUUUUUUCAUAACUAUAGUUUAUUAAUAUUAGAUAUUGUUAAAAUUAAACAAAUGAAUUAUUGUUUUAUUCAA